AGCGCCGGGUGCCGGGGCCUUCCGAGCGCGGGGCGCGCCUCGAGCCGGCCGGACGCCGACUCUAACUAGGGAGAGUUUUCCGCGAUGCCGGGACGGAGGACGGGGGCGGCGCCGCACCUGCGCCCGCCCUGUGGAGCGGAGACGCCCUGGCUCCCGCCAGGCUGGGGUCGCGGCGCGGGCAUCCGUGCCCGCGGCGGGGACCGGGACCUUCGGGGCGAGCGCAGCGAUUAGGCAGCAGCGGCCGGGCUCCCCGGGCUGGCGGGGGCUGCUCAGACCCGGAGUCCGCUCCAUCUGUAGGGUCGAGGUCUGGGUCCCGACCCCGAGCGCCUCUGCGGCCUGAGCAGGUCGGGGUGGGGCGUUCCCAUGGCGGCGGCCGCGGGGCCUGUUGUGCGGGCGCCUCCGCGCCGCCCGGGGAGGGGGCAAUGUCCUCCGAGCCAGGUGAGGCGGGUAGGAAAUCCUGGAUCUGGUUAAUGAUUCGCCUUGUUCCGGGAGUGCGAGCGUGGCAAGAGGAAGCUGAUGAAGUGGGGGAGGAUGCGUGCUCCGGAGGGCCGCCACCCCAGGAAUGUGUGGCCGGCGGGUGGGGCUGGCACGGGAGGGUGGGGCCCAUGCGGAGGGGCGGCAGCCCAGCCGUUUCUAGGGCAGGCCAGGAGAAUGAGGAGAGGAGGACCAGGCUGCGAUAGGGGUAGGCAGGUCCUGACCCUGUGCCUGCGCCCUCCCCACGGAACAGGCAUGUUGUUGGGGCUGGCGGCCAUGGAGCUGAAGGUGUGGGUGGACGGUAUCCAGCGUGUGGUUUGUGGGGUCUCGGAGCAGACCACCUGCCAGGAAGUGGUCAUCGCACUAGCCCAAGCAAUAGGCCAGACUGGCCGCUUUGUGCUUGUGCAGCGGCUCAGGGAGAAGGAGCGGCAGCUGCUGCCAGAAGAGUGUCCAGUGGGCGCCCAGGCCACCUGCGGACAGUUCGCCAGUGAUGUCCAGUUUGUCCUGAGGCGCACAGGGCCCAGCCUGGCUGGGAGGCCCUCCUCAGACAGCUGUCCACCCCCGGAACGCUGCCCAAUUCGUGCCAGCCUCCCUGCAAAGCCACGGGCUGCGCUGGGCUGUGAGCCCCGCAAAACACCGACCCCCGGGCCAGCCUCCAGCCUCUCACCCCCUGGGCCUGCAGCCCCUGUGACACCCACACCAGGCUGCUGCACAGACCUGCGGGGCCUGGAGCUCAGAGUGCAGAGGAAUGCUGAGGAGCUGGGCCACGAGGCCUUCUGGGAGCAAGAGCUGCGCCGGGAGCAGGCCCGGGAGCGAGAGGGACAGGCACGCCUGCAGGCACUAAGUGCGGCCACUGCUGAGCAUGCCGCCCGGCUGCAGGCCCUGGACGCUCAGGCCCGUGCCCUGGAGGUUGAGCUGCAGCUGGCAGCGGAGGCCCCUGGGCCCCCCUCACCUAUGGCAUCUGCCACUGAGCGCCUGCGCAACGACCUGGCUAUUCAAGAGCGGCAGAGUGCGGAGGUGCAGGGCAGCCUGGCUCUGGUGAGCCGGGCCCUGGAGGCUGCAGAGCGAGCCUUGCAGGCUCAGGCUCAGGAGCUGGAGGAGCUGAACCGGGAGCUCCGUCAGUGCAACCUGCAGCAGUUCAUCCAGCAGACCGGGGCUGCGCUGCCACCGCCCCCACGGCCUGACAGGGGCCCUCCUGGCACUCAGGUCGGAGUGGUUCUGGGGGGAGGCUGGGAGGUGAGGACCUGGCCCAGCCCCACUCCAAGCUGACUUCCCAACCCACAGGGCCCUCUGCCUCCAGCCAGAGAGGAGUCCCUCCUGGGCACCCCCCCUGAGUCCCAUGCUGGUGCCCAGCCUAGGCCCCGAGGGUAUGUCUGUGCCCCACAUCCCCCUGGGGCACCGGGCCCUUCUGUGGCUGCAGCCACCUCAGCCUGUGUCCUCCCGCAGUGGCCCCCAUGACGCAGAACUCCUGGAGGUAGCAGCAGCUCCUGCCCCAGAGUGGUGUCCUCUGGCAGCCCAACCCCAGGCUCUGUGACAGCCUAGUGAGGGCUGCAAGACCAGCUGCCUGGACCACAGAAGGAGAGUCGGCAGCCACAGAGGGCUCCUCCGCCACGCAGUGGGGAGCCCUGGGUUUGGCCUCAGGAGCUGGGGGUGCAGUGGGGGACUGCCCUAGUCCUUGCCAGGUCUGCCAGCACCCUGGAGAAGCAUGGGGCGUAGCCAGCUCGGAACUUGCCAGGCCCCAAAGACCACGACUGCCUGUUGGGGACGGGAGAUGCAUGGACUGUGCUCAAGCUGUGGGCACGUGCUUGCCUUCGGGAGAGGCCCUUCACUCUGUGUACACAGCAAGAGCCUGUGUGUGCCACUUCCCCUUCCCCAACGUGAAAACCUCAAUAAACUGCCCCAAGCGGCUU